AUGGCUCCUCCUGCGUCAAAUCUGCCUUUGGUUGAAAGGCUGAAAGCUCUCGCCCAGACAUUGCAAUUUGCUUGGUUCAUUGGGCAUGUGACAUUGCUAGGCUCUGUCUUCCGUUACCUACUCUCCUAUGUCACCUUUAACUACUACUCAGGUGCGGCGCAGGUAUCUUAUCGCCUAGCGUUUGUAUCCGCUGCUGCUACGUAUGGAAUUGUCGUGUACAAAGGUCAUAUCGCACGCGGCCGCCUCCAGGGGAGCCUUCCCAACGUUGCACUGAAGCUUGCGGGUGAUGAAAAUGUCCAAUAUCUAGGAAUGGCCUUGGUGUGGCUUUACUCCCGCCAAAUCCCCCUUGCUCUGUUGCCCUUCAGCGUCUACUCGGUUUUCCACGUUGCGACUUACACUCGGGCCCAUUUGAUUCCUACCCUCCAGCCUCCCAGUGUGGCAGCUGGAUCUCCCGGUGGCCGAUCGGCUGUGAAGCAAUCGCCCUUGGCAGAGACCAUCGGUCGGUUCGUUAAGCAAUACUAUGAUGCCAGCAUGGAUCUUGUCGCUGGAUUGGAAAUUGCCCUUCUGUUCCGCUUGGCCGUAGCCAUCCUCACCUUCUCCAAGGGCAGCAUCCUUCUCUUUAUCAUCUACCUGACCUUCUUCCGAGCCCGCUAUAGCCAGAGCUCUUUCGUCCAACAGGCUGUCCGCCACUUCACUGCAAGAGUCGAUGCCUCCGUGUCUCACCAAAGCACACCUCCGGCGGUGCGUCAGGGCUGGGAAGGUUUCAAGGACGCUAUUCGCCAGGCGUACCAGGCUACGGACGUUAGCCGCUUCACUUCCGGAGCGGGUGCCAAGAAGCCCCAAUAG